AUGAAGAAAAUCAACGAAGAAGAAAUAAAGAUAAAAAAAAUAAACUAUAUUUUCAGCCCCAGCGACUGGAAGGAAGCUGUCUUCGGCAUCAAGCAGCUCUACGACGCUAACUGGAUUAUUUGCAACCCAACUACUCCAGCCAACGUCAUGCACGUCCAUCGACGACAGAUCGCUCUUCCAUUCCGAAAGCCCCUCAUUCUCAUGACUCCCAAAUCUCUUCUUCGACUUCCAGAAGCUCGAUCCGAAUGGUCAGAAAUGGGCCCUGGCACACAGUACAGACGGCUCAUCGGUGAAGAAGGCGCUGCCUCCAAGAACCCAGAUAACGUCAAGCGACUGAUGUUCUGCUCUGGAAAGGUCUACUACGAUCUCGUCAAGAUAACAGGCUGCCCGAGGCUUCGAAAACGACAUCGCUAUUGCUCGAGUUGA